AUGAGCAAAUCACCCGGAAGUGUCGUGUCGUCAGAUGAAACUCAAAGUAUCAGCGAUGAAUCGUUGGCCAUUUCAGCAGCCAACUCGCAAACGUCGCUGAAAUCGGUUGGUGUCGCCAAGGGGCCAAAAAAACCACCCAAGGAUGUAGAGCACCAGUCGGCGACAGCCAAAGAGAGGCCACCAUGGCGUCCAGCAAGCGUUACCGCGCUACCUCCCCCACCGAAACCGGACAUCAAAACCCGCCUUCUUGAGGCUUCCAAACGGAUGCGCCGUGUCAAUGCGUCAGUGCAAACCGAUCCGGUACACACGAAGCUGAUGAAAGAAGUGUCCACCGAUGAGCAGACGGAUUUGAUACCGAUGGUCGACGAAGAAAUACUUACCGACGGUAACCUGGUGAUGAGAGAGAUCGGCAACCUGAUCCUGACCCAUUCGGUGGCCCAAAUGACUGAAGGCGUGAAGACCUGCGACAGUGGCACCCAAACAGCCAUACCGCGGAGUGGCAUUUCGUUUCGCAAGUUUUUGGACCCUUUGACCGGUAGCGAACAGCCACUGGCGGCUUCAGCUCCUGCACCAGCACAGGCAACAGCGUCCUCGGCGAACGGACAGCAGAAACCGUCCGCGUCGGACAAAUCAGAAUCAGGAUCAAAGGGGGACGAAGUUUCUCCGGGUGGAAGUUUCUUUAUGGCAACGAUCGGCGAUGCGGUACCGGAUGGAGCAGCGGGCGGGGCCCAGGACGAGCUCUGCUCGUCGCGGAGCAGCAGCGACAGCAUCAAGGAACCGAACACACCGGAUUUGAUUAGCGCUACGGUCGAGGGGGACCCAUCGCCCCACCGAGGUCACCUUCUCGAAACGCCUACGUUUGCGGCGUGGCAAGAUCUGGACUUUUCCGACGACGACUCAGAGCAGUACGUGGCUCGCGAGUUACCGCGGCGCUCGAUCGGUGAAGGCGACCGACCGUGGGCUGAAUUUAAGGAUCUCGUCAUUGGUUCGCGGGUGGCCAACAUGCGGCUCUCGCCCGUUCCUCCCAGGCGACCGCGUGCCCCAAACCAGAAGACCGUCACCUGGAGCGAUCGGCAGCAUCGGGCCGUCUCGAAGUUGCUUACUGAAGCGUCCGCUCUAGUCGAUAUGUUCGAUCAUGUUUCGCUUCUGCUGGGACCGGACAUCGAGCUGCACAAGUUGCCGCCGCAACAGGAGUUUAGUCUACCGCCACCGAAGUGGGAGCCAUUACUGGCCAAGUCCUGCGACCUACUGGAGGAAAAGCUGGCCCAGGUGCGCCAUCUAUCGGUGGGCGAUUUCGACGGAAGCAGCCGAACCUGCAAAGAGCUGGAUCCCACUGGAAGAAUGUCCUGCGUUUCGCCCCUCUCGUGUGAUAUUGGCCCUGAAAAUGUUUAAAGCGCGAUUUGGUUGCGGCAGCCAGGUCCAACGUGUAUUUCACAAACUUCUACCACAUUCGAAGAGCACCAACGACUAUAGCGUACCACCAAGUCCAACCGUGCACGUGUGAAGAAACUGCUGCACCCGGAACUUGAUCGUUGCAAUUGUCCGCGCCACACUCAUGGCAUACGGUCAACUGAAAAGCGCUACCAAAAGCUUCGGUUCCCUGAACGGCCAGUAGAGCACAUUCGCCACUCACCGCACAGCCACGCCAUAUCCGUUCGCCUGCGCCAGCAGCUUGCAGCCGGUGGUAGCCGCAGGUCGAUUGUACCGGAUUGUCCGCCGAGAAGAUCGGGCAUUGCUGCCUGCUCACGGUGCUAAGGUCGUCGCAGUUUCCAUCGCUGCCGUCUGUGUCACAAGUGUAGCACUGCAACGCAUCCGACGGUAUCAGUAAGGCAAUCACGAGCAGCGACGCAGCGAUCAUUUUACUUGUGUGGUCGCGGAGUCUUUAGUAGAUCUGACGGUAGCAAUUGUGGCUCAGCGACUAUCUAGUCACGGCGCAGCGAACUUAUGAUGAGUGGCACUCUAUAGGAUGGCGCUCUCCAGCUUGAGCCAUCGGUCACCCGGAAAACGCACUGGACAAUUGACCGCCCGUGAACGCGGCUUAUCGACAAUCGACGUUCGCUCGUGGAGCUUGCAGUAAAGGAUAGGCUGUACUUUGCGCUCGUUUUCUAAUCUUAUU